AACCCUGAAACAACAUUUAAAGGCGAAUUUCACUUGGCAUAUGCAGCCGUCGUUUUCAUGUGACGCCAAAGAAGAAGAGUGAGGUGAGGCUGUGAGGAGACUGGACCUUUUGCAAAGAAUGAUAGUGAGGAUCCAGGCGCGCUGUCCCAGGAGAACUCAUCUGAAGAGCUGGCCCUGAGAGACCGGGAUGCUCCUCUGAAGCACCGGGGGCGAGUUUUCCUGAGCAGACGGUCUGUGCGGCAGAGCUUGAGCUCGAGUGGAAGUGACUGAGCAAGCGAGAGGGAGUGGGUGUCAUGGGUGACAGUGAAGGGACAAAUGUUGAGGAAACUACCUACCAAAACCUGCUGCUCCUGGGAGCCAUCGCAGCAGCUUCCGCCUUUGUGGUCACCAUCCUUAUUGUCCUCAUCUGCGUUGGCUGCCAAAGAAAAAGCAAGAGCAAGCACCCCCCAGCCGGAGAGAAAGGGACAUCUGUAAAUAUGCAGGGUACCCUUCGACAUCCAAAAUUGAACUCCAUGAGCAAAUCUGACACCAGGUUGCACGAGAUCAAUCGCUUUCCCUGCAAUGGAAACUCUGUUAGCAAGAGUCGUCCAGCCAGUAUGGACCUCUUGCUCCUUCACAGUCGACGCUCCCAGACAGACCUGAGGCCAUCACAUGGGCGCCAGCUUCCCCAGAUCCCCACCAGUCCCCAGGGAUCUGGCCAGGGGGGAGGAGGGGAAACAGGAGGAGAUGGGGGAGCAGGAGGAGGAGGAGGAGGAGGAGGAGGAGGAGGAGGAGGUGAGGCGAGAGACCAUACCUACACUGAGGUGGGUAUAAGGAACAACCCCACCCCCACCCACUGCCUGGAUGACGGCCUGUAUGAAAGCGUUGGUGUCCGGGAAACUGACUCGGGCCCCAAGGUACCCUCUGCCCCGCCAACCACAUCAGCCAACACUCCAGCUCCAGUCAGAGCUGCUCAGAGCCCCCCAAGUCAGACCAACGGAGCUCGCAGCGGAAACGGACAUGGAAAUGGUGGCAGAGGGAAUGGCAGAGGUAACGGCACCAUUAACGGACCGACGGCAGGAAGAUGUAAUGGUGCGAGUGGGGUCAGCAGGUCCCCUUUGUCUUCUGUCAACUCCCUGGCCAUCCAAGAUCCAACUGCAGCUGAGUAUGCUUCUAUAAGGAAGUUCAGAAAGGUUGACAAGUCAAACAGGAAGGAAAAUAACGGGGCCGACAGCCAGUCAGACAGCCAGUCGAGCGUCAGUGAUUCACCCUCCGCCGCUCCUCCUCCACUACAUCGCAGUCAGGAGUUUCCACGCAAACUGCUGGAGCCAUUUCACCUGCACUCCUUCCCAAAGGAAGCAGUGUUCAUGGGCAAUGGCGAGCAGUACAUCUGGAAGCCUCCAGAGGAAGAUGACAUCAUCACCUUGCACCCACCUCCACUUCGCGGAGAGAACGGACAGGGGCACCCAUCACCCCCAACCGCAAAGGAGAUUGCAGACACCUACUCUAUUGUGUGUAAAACCCAGAAGAAGAAGCCUCCUAUGGACAACAACGGAUCGAAGACCCUCCCGCGCUCCUUCGGUGGAGAGAGAAACGCAAGUUCCCGGGGCCGUGGCAGAGGAGUGCAGGGUCCGACGCGCUCCCAAGAGGAGCCCUGCUACGAGCCAGUGGGAGACAGGUCCUGGUCCACGUGUGCAGUGGCUGAAUCUGAUCCUGCGUACGCUACUAUCGACACCCACCGGAAACGUGAGCAGACGGGAACCAAUAACAGCACAGCUGGGGGUAAUGCCACUCUGAAGAGGAAGAAGCAGACACCACAGCAGCAGCAGCAGCAGCAGGCAGCACCUGCGGCACCUCAGGCCUCAGGACCCACUGCCCUGGCUGGUCGAGGCAUGCCUGGUGGGGAAAACUUCUAUGAGACCAUCAGCGAUGUGAAACAGGGAGCCAACAGCUCCAGCACCACCACCAUCUUCACAUUCAAUGAUGGGAUGGAGAUGUACGUCACUGGCCUGUAGCUGGGGCCCAGGACCCACGGGUACAGAGUCAUGAAAGGGACCCUCCUGUUCACUGGCCAGCAGGUUGAUGUACAUAGAUACAAGGCCCUCUAUGGACAAACAACAUGAGGCUCCAUUUUGUGAUGACAUCAGGUACAAACAGGGUCUUAAUCCAGGUUCAGACUUCCUUUGAUUGGUCUGUAUUUCAGAACCAGCCUCAGCACAGUCCAGCCCAAAUAUGGACCAAAUAUGCUUAAACAGACAAAAAAAGAUAAGAAAACUGGAAUAUACGUGUUCAACCUACUGUGUCACUGACCAUACUCACCUGUUUGUGCAUCAUUUUCCAUCAUAUCUUUAUUUUUAUAUGAACAUUGUACUCCUUAAAGAGUAUGUGGUGUAACUUACAACCUUUAAUAUAUAAAAAAAAGACAUGUGCAUGCAUUUUGCAAACACACACCUGAAAAUAAACAGUAGUAUCAAGGAAAAUGGGCAUAUUAAGAGUAUGAGGCACACUGUUAACUAUUGUCACUCUCUCUCUCUCUCUCUCUCUCUCACACACACACACACACACACAAAUAAAUGCCCCAUCUUGGGGGGGGGGGGGGCUUAUGUAAUAUAAGCAGAUGGAUGUAACAGAGAUUUGCAGUACUUAGCUCUCCCUAAGCAAACAUCUAAAACAGGUUCUCUGUUCUCUAGCCUGUUGCCUGGCAGACAGCAGUGUGGUGUUUUGUUCAAACAUAGGCCUAGAAUUUUUAGGGCUCCUCAAACACAGAAAUAAGUGAACGCUUUAGUACCCUGUAGACAAUUUACCAUCAAUGUGCCCCAAACAUUAGCAGUUAUCAAUAGCAGGCCUCAUGGUAACUAUAAAAAGUGACUUUUAACUAUAGAAAGUGACUUUUGAUCGAUAGUGCAAUGGUCACAUAAAUUGUGAGAUUAGUUAGUAAUCCAUGCUCAGCGUUGACAAACAUCUUUAACCAGAGUCAUGAUAACACACCCUGUUGCUCCCUCACACAAAUACACGCACACUUGGCACAGUCGUGCAGGGUAAAGCGAUCAAGUCAGGGACAUCGAGCGGGUUGUGCAAGAAUUUCCCCAGAGUGAUAUGGGAGGCAAAUUUCACAAUGCCAGACCUUUACUGUAUUACUAUGACUACAUAUAAAAUGAAUACAAUAAAUGAAAUAUUUUUUUAAAAAAUAGGAUUCAAAGAGUGUCCAAAACAAUACAGGAUGCUCCAUCCUGUGCAGUUAAUAUGUCAUGUCCUGUACACAUCAAAUUUUAUGACCAUUGUAAUUUUGUCCAAGACAGCUGCAGGACUGGUUGGCUUAAUUGCACAUCAACAUGCUGUAAAGGGAGUUUCUGAGCACAGUUCUGAUUCGCUCUCAGGUCUCAAGUCAAAGCCAGAGCUCCCCACAGCUCACCAGACUUAAGUCUGGUGGUUGAAAUAGCAACAGAGGGCUUGGACUCCAAGGAAAAUAAAGAACUGGGCAUAAAAAUUACUGGCGAGUGUCCUUUGGAAGGGUGCCCCUCACCCUUUCCCCACCAUCGUCUCCAGGCUCUGUACCAAGUUCUCUUCCAUUACAAACAAUGUCUUUCCCAUGUAGCUUUUGGGAACAUUAAAAAACAAAGAAAAAAAGAAGAAAAGAAAACAUUAGAGGCUCAAUUAAUGGGCAUAAAGAUAAGAGGGAUACAAGCUGCUCACAGGCCGAGGCAUGAAGGGUACGUUACAAUGUCUCACUGUGAGACAACCAUGCAAAGAGAAGACGGGUUUAGAAAAGCCAGUAAUGUGGAUUUAUAAAUGCUACUGUGUCCAAAAGUAUGUAAAAACAAAUGCACUCUGUAUUUUAAUGCACUGUUUCUUUUUUCUUACCUACUGACAGUACCUUUGGAUGAAUAUAGCUCAUGCCACUGCCAUGAAAACAAUAUGUUUAUGUUGUUGGUGCAAUUUUUUCCUGCUUGAUCAAAAAUUGCAUGCUUUGAUAUAUGGAGAUGAAAACAAAUAUUGUGGUACUUAUUUGAUCUCUUGUUUGUUAAUCUUUUCUGUUGUAUUUUCUUUACAUGUGAUGCAAAGCAGCAGUCAGUUGUUUUUUUUUUUUUUGUUUUUUCCAAAGUAACAUCUUGGGAGAGGAGGAGAAAGAAAUAGGAAGAUAGAGAAAAGCAACUGGGAGUUUAAGGCAGAGUGCUGUUUAUCCUCUUCUCUGGGGGAGAAAGAGCAAUAGAGGUGAGGAAGAAGAGGUGAGGUCAGGAGGGAGAGAAAUAAAAGCUAGUAUAAAACUGGAUGGGGAGCACUGCAAACGGACACUGACCAAAAAGACCCUCCUCCUUCCAGUAUGUGUUUUUGCCUGCAUGCGCGCGCACACACACACACACACACACACACUCUGCAACAUGGAGCCAUGUGCAUUUAAGGGAUGACACACACUUCUCUACCACAUGGUCAGCCCAUGAAUACACUCCCUCGCCCAGCUGUGUUCAUAUUCUAAUAACUGACACAGACGUCUCUUUCUCUUCUUCACCUCUCUCCCUCGCUGUGCAGGGGAGGGGCCUUCGAUGUCCACUUCUGAGGGAAUCGGGGAGUGAUGUGUGUGUGUGUGUGUGAGUGUGUGUGUAUGUCUAUGUGUGGUGUUAGUGGGGGAGGGGGGUGGUAUGGGGUUGUGGGUCAGACCAAACCCAGUCUGAUAUCAACAAUGCACCAACGGCUCAGCUUCUGCCUGAUAUGAGAAAUGGCUAACAGCUGAGCUCGGAUGGCUGGAAAUCACUAUCACAAUCUUUUUUUAUCUGGCUGUCACUUAUGUGUCACAUUUUAUUUAUCCUGAGAGAUAGCACUGAUAAGAUAUAUUUUGUCGAGCACUGUCAUACACUGAUCGAGACAGAUGUUCAUUGCACAAACAAAUACAGUAUGAUGAUGUAAAUGUGUAAAAUACUCUGUUGCUGUUCUGAUGUUGUUCCAAUGUAACAUACAGUAUAUUUGUUGAAAAAAAAAGGUGGUUAUCACAGACACAUUGUACUUUGUGGAUGCAAAAUGUUUCAUGCUUUCCAUGCAGAUACAGAUGCUGUUUGUUAAUUGUCUUCAGAUAUAAUUAUGGGCCAAUACUGCUGUGACAGCUGUAGCCAAUGUUGUAUGUUCUUAAAGCACAGGGUUUAGUUUAAAAAUAAUAAAUAUAAAAUAUAGUGUGACAGUGCAGAUAUGCAAGAGAUUGUAAUGUUUUAUAUUAACCUUCAUAAGAUAUUAAAGUGAGUUUUUACUUUUCUAAUAAAGUGGCACAUUAUAAGGUG